CAUCAAUCGGCAAAUACUACUCCGUAUGUAAUUAGCAAGUGUUCAAGAAAUGCAAAACCACAAAACUAUCCUACGCCUAAUUAACCACAAUUAUUCUGCAGCCUCCAGUUCACAAACAAAUGUGGGGCACAACCAUAAGUGUAACGAUUCUCCGCAUAAUUACAACUAAUUUCAUUAAUCCUAUAAUUGUCAUGAAUUGAUUACAACUAACAAUAUUAAUCAAGAAAAUGUCAAAAUGAAUGAUAAUAAUGAUGAGCCCCAAUUUGACAGCCCAAGGGAGAAGGGUAGGCAUAGAAAGUCGUCAUCGUCCUCCUCUCUGAGCCUUUCCGCUUUAUUCUACGGCCAUCUCAGCCGGCGGCACAAUCUCGUCGACAAAUCAUCGCCGGACAAUAGCCCCAGAGUGGUCAGCCCGUCAAAGUGGAUCCGGACCAAGCACCAAAGCAACGACCAUAAUCACACGAAAUCGCCGGAUUUCAAAGGACGGUGCCGGAGCAUUGCGACCCGACUGGGCCACCACCGCCGGCACACCUCCGAUCUCACCUACGACCCUACCAGUUACGCCCAAAACUUCGAGAGCGAAAACGCCGGCGACGACGAUGACUCUCCGUUGAAGAAUACCUUCACGGCCAGGCUGAGGGCGGGAGAGGUUUCAGGGAAUCAGAGGCCGCAGGAGGUGGAAGAGACCGCCGGAGUGAACGGAUCUCAACCGCGGAGUGAGGGGAAGAAGACGAGGAGGAAAAGCUUUGAUCUGAAUGAGCUCAUGACCGUUGCGAAAAGCCUGGAGGAUUCGAAACAGAUUCCGAGCGGAGGAAAUUGUAGUAACCGUCUGGAAAUGAAUACAAUGGCAACUAUUGCGGAAGAGACGACAUUGCCCUUCCAAAGGUGAAAUUUUGGUACCAUGGAAAACGGCAGUUUGAACUCUGAAUUUUGAAUAUUAGUGUUAUGAUUAGAUAUAAU